AAUGCUUCCAAUUUUCUAGAAAUAAUUUCGGAAUUUCAUGGUUGCUGGAUAUGUGUCUCUCUUGUAUAGUAUUAGCGACAAGCCCUUAGAGUAUUGGAGCAAACAACAUUCACAGUCGGGUCGUAUUCGUAAAAUCUUGGAUUCCGAUUUGUUGGAAAAUGUUAUCGAGAUACAGGACUUCGAGCAACCCCAUGGUUAUGGCACUUCCAUCCUUUGUCCCUCUGACUCCUCUCAAUUCCUCGAUAUCAAAUUACCAAUCUUAGUUGUGGUUAUAAAGAACCUAAAUCUACAGUGUCGUUUGCAAGUACAGGUAGCCGAUGUCCAAAAUGGUCUGCAUCAUUUUCAAUUCACCAACGAGGAGUCAGAGAGACCAAACUCUAAGGGUGUAAUUUGUCGCGUGACGCUGAAGCUAGAAACCGGAUGGAAUAAAUUAGAAUUGAACUUAUCGAGCCUAACGCAAACUGCCUUUAAACAGCAAUACGGCGCCACGCAAAGACUUCAAAUAUGUGGCAACUGUCGCUUGCGUAGAGUAUACUUUAUAGACAAGCACUACAAAGAUACAGAUAUUUGUCCCAAAUUCUUUCACAAGUUCCUCGAUUCUUACAUGCUGAAGUGGGGUAUUCGUACCGUAGAAAGAUCCACACAAACAAGUUUGAAAAGAAACAAGAGUAGAAUCAGAGGCACUAAUAACUUGAAGUUCUCGAAACCCUACAGUGCUGACAACUUAAGCGGCGGGGAAAAUAGUCACGGUAACCGUGAAGAUUCUGCCGCACAGAAAACUGAUGAUAAUUUUUUGAGAAAUUUACAAAUCAAGACAGACAUAUUGAUCAAUGAAUUUUUCGACAGACAGUCAAACAAGUGUCCACAUAUAUCAGAAUUAAAACAAAACACUAGGUUAAAGCCCUAUGCUUUCCCAACGGUGAUCCAAAAACCCAAAUCUUUCAGUAUUGGUGGCGUUUCUGAAACAAUGGUUCUGGCACUGAAACAAGUCGGUGUCCUUCGAACAUUUACGGAGACUUAUAUAUGCAGUGAGGACAAGCGUAAAGAGAAUAAUGCUAUUAAGACUAUACAGGAUAAUUGGAAGCACAGAUACUUCUUUCCUCAGGAAGAAUCGUUAAAUAAUAACGAUUUAUCGAAACAGGUUGUGAAGAGAACAAUGUUGGAUCGUAAACCGAAAUCUCUGCUUGUUUUAUCCGAACUGAAGUGUGGAAAGGAAAAGAGUUUGGGAUCGCUGAAAAUGGAUGUUGAGAAUACUAAACGUAACGAAAGCGAUACAAUUAUCAAAUAAUUAAUAAUUCGCAGGAAACUGAUGCAGAUAACUCUAAUAAGAUUAACAUAUCAUUUCCUCUGUAUAUUUAUUGGCACUUUCAGUAGUUAGAUUUAAAGAUGGCCUACUAGAGGUUUUACUUUAUCUCUCCUAUUAUAUACCCUCUCUGUUCAAAGAUUAGGCAGUUAUACCUUAUAAAUAUAUGUAAGCAAGAAAGGAAGAA